CCGACACAGACAGCGAAGAUGUUUGCAAAGCGUGGUGUCAAGGCGUUCAGCCAGAUGAGACGUAUGGCUACAGAGGCCGGGGCCGGCGAUGCGCCAGUUAGCAACGGGAAGAUGGAGAGCCUACUGGAGAAGCUUGCGUCGAUCACGAGCAACGGCCCUGCAGGCGCUGCGGAGGAGACGAUGCUGGGGAAAGCGAAGGGCAAGAACAGCAGAGGCAACCGCAAGCCGAACAACGCCAACAACCAGCGGUCUGCCAAGGGGAACAGGAAGGACGCCUCGAGCAGAAACAACAACAGGAACAACAGACCGAGCCGGAACAACAGCUCGGAGAGAAACAACCAGCGCAGAGGCACGGGCAGACGGCCCCACACGGUGCAAACGGUGUCGCAUUUUGACAGGUUCAAGAACCCAAAGAAGUCCUCCACCGCGUCGCAGAGAGAGGACGGCCUGCUGAACGCAGCAGGCCUCUCCUUCGCCGACAUGCAGGAGGCGAGAGCCCUCUUUAUCAGGAGAAAGGUCUCCGACGGCGGCGCAGCAACCCUGCACACGGGGGACGCUGCCGUCUUCAACUUUUUCCACUCCCGGGCCGUCCACAGGGCCAACAACUACGGCCCGCGGGCCGACCAGUUCGCCAGGUUCGAAGAGACGCCCAACGUCUACAGAGCCGCCGAGGUGAGCAAGCCCGACCUGGAGCUGUCCAAGGACAAGAUGGGCUACGACACCAAGUCGCGUGUCCUUAGAGCCUUGGAGCAGAUCACCACCAGGAGGGGCUUCAAGCUCAGCGACGUCGAGAGGAAGAACGACAGCUUCCUCCCAGCCACCGCACUCCUCUACCCGUACGCUAACACCACGUUGCCAAACAACUUGGAGAGACCACGGGCCAAUCUCAAGCACCUUGCCAGCGUGCCAGAGGAGGAGAUCUCCGCCACCCUCGCCGCCGUGGUGAGGGGCCAGAGACCAGAGCUUGUCUACAACCCGAAGGAAGACUUCAAGACCGAGCAGCUCAAGAUCAACGCUCAGGUCGUGGUCAAUUCUUUGAACAGAAACGCACAGCUGCAGGUCGACAACCUCCACAAGUCCAUGGCCAAGGUCAUGUUGGGCCAGCAGCCGAUCAAGACGCUUCCCCAGCCGCUCUUUCCUCCGAAGAAACUCUGAUCCCAUCUCCUGCCUAUACACUACUGCACCACUGCAUCCCUAUAUAUAGAAGCCACCUACUGCCGGCUCCAGCUCUGCUUUAAUGCAUCCAACCAGUAA